AUGGAGGAGGAGAGGGACCAGAUGAAUGGACUGAGCCCAGCGAGGAAAAGCUCCACCUGGGGUCGAAUCGCCCUGCUGGAGAAAACCAAGGAGUUCUUCAGGACCUGUGAUGUGGAGGGCAAAGGCUUCAUUACCCGCACCGAUAUGAGGAGACUCCACAGAGAGCUGCCUCUGUCUGCAGAGGAGCUGGAGGAUGUGUUUGACUCUUUGGAUACAGACCACAAGGGUUACCUCACGCUGGAGGCAUUCUCCUCUGGAUUCAGUCAGUUCCUGCAUGGUCGGAGGAUUUCUGUAGCUGAUGACCAAAUUCAAGCCCCAGGCUCCGUCUUUAGGGCAAAGGAGGCGUUUUAUCAGUACCAAUGGGAAUCUAAGCUGUCGGGAGUCGAAGACGAAGAGGAGAGGCACUUCUGCAUGCUGCUGGAAAGCCUGGGUGCCAUCAAUGUGUUUGAAGAUCCAGGUGAGGUGCGAAGUCUUUGGGCCCAGCUCCGGCGAGAUGAGCCUCACCUUCUGACCAAUUUUGAAGAGUUCUUGGCCAGGGUGACCCAUCAGAUCAAAGAAGCCCACCAGGAGAAGAAGGAGAUGGAGAGCGCCCUCCAGAGGAGGGCUGCAACACACGAUAGUGAAAUCCGCAAUCUGUACGAAGAGAUGGAGGCGCAGAUCAAAAAUGAGAAAGACAGACUGCUUCUAAAGGACUCAGAGCGUCUUCAGGUGCGCAGUCAGGAACUGGAGGACCAACUGUCUGCAAAAGAGAAGGAGCUGGAACUUCUUUUCCAGAAGCAGAAGAGAUUAGAGAAUCAGUGUCUGGAGCUGAACAGCGAGAAGCAGGAGAGCCAAGUGGAGAACGUCAAGCUGAAGAUGACCAACGACGAGCUGUCCCGUGCGCUGGAGAGCACCAGCCAGGAGCUGGUGCUGGCACAGGAGCAGCUGGCCAUGCUGCAGGAGCAGGCGGCGCGGCUGCAGCAGGAGAAAGAAAUGGAAAUGUACAGAGUAACAGAGGGGCUGCAGAGAGAGAAGCAAAGUCUCAUGAAGCAGCUUGAUCUCCUCAGAGAGAUGAACAAGCAUUUAAAAGAUGAGCGAGACAUAUGCUGUGGUGUACCUCGCAGCUCGCUCAGAAAGAAGCAGAAGCAGAGAACGGGCCUUGGUGACUUGUUUGAUGACCCUAGCCAGACACCAAAAAGAGCCCCACUGUUGGUGGACGGGUCCUACCAGUCUUUGGAGGCCUUGCCUAUAGAGCACCUUCAAAUCGUGUUUGUUGCUUCCUCCUCCAGCAGCGAGGAUGACACAACAGCCAUCACCCAGUCCUACGCUAGCACUGUUAGUGCUCCAGUGUGCCAGCAAUGGCCUGCAGCGAAGAAAAACUUAACUAACGGCUACACCAACCACGCUCCGACGAAAGCCAACGAUGUAAAAGCAAAGGCUAAAAUAGCACCAUCAAAGAUUCCUGCUCUUAAGAGGACGACAGGGAGAGUCAGAGAGAGACCAAGAAGAACAGAGAUUGAGAAGACAACAGGUGUGGAGGAGGAGGUUUUGGACUCCCCUCCAGGCGGGUGGCCAUUACGAAGAGUUAUCUCCAUUGAGGAGGACCACCUGCCGCACCUCCUCCAAGGUGGGCCUCAGCCUCUUCUGCACCAGCUCAGCGAGGAGGACGAUGAAGUAGACGAGGAGGAGGAGGAAGAGGACGCUCAGAGCGACUUGGAGACAAGCGUAGUCGUCACAGGUGACCCCAAUGCCAACCUGUCCUCGAGUCAGGCUUCGCUUCCGGCAUUGGAGGAAAAUUCACUGACAAGAAAAUUCAGCUUUAACUGCACGAAGAGGACGCCGAUGUCUCCUAGAGGACAGCCUGUAGGGAAAGAAACGCAGCAAAAAGCAAAAGAAGGAGAGCUUUUUAUCCCUGACCGUCUCUUUAAAGUGGUCCUAGUUGGAAACUCAAGUGUGGGCAAGACGUCCCUGCUCCGCUCCUUCUGUGAGGGCCGUUUCCAUUCCUCCACAACUGCUACUGUGGGAAUUGACUACAGUGUGAAGACACUAACCCUGGACAACACACAGGUGGCCAUACAGCUUUGGGACACAGCAGGUCAAGAGAGGUUCCGCAGCAUAACCAAGCAGUUCUUUCGCAAGGCAGAUGGAGUUGUGGUCAUGUAUGACAUCACACUUGAGGACAGCUUCUGGGCUGUGCAGCCAUGGCUCAACAAUGUCCAGGAGGCAGCAGGAGAAGGGGUCCCAAUCCUCCUUUUGGGCAACAAAAUGGACAUGGAUGGCCAAAGGCAGGUUUCAUUCCGAGUAGCUGAGCAGCUGGCUUUUGAAAACAGAGUGAUCUUCUUUGAGGUCAGCGCCUACACGGGCAAGAACGUGAACGAGUCCCUGACACACCUUGCCAGAGUGCUAAUCCAGCAGGAGGACAGAGUGAGAGAGAAAACAGUCAUCCUCAGUAACCAGCCAAUAAAGAGGAGAGCCUGCUGCAAGUGAUGUGUGCAAUCAGUGCAAUUUUGGACAAUGGAUGUGCCGUACUGGAAAACAAAAAAUGAACCCCUUACUGGGCCAUAUCAGAAUGAAAUAAUGAGCUGUCUUUAUUUAAACCAGAAAUGAGGAGUGAGGGAAUGUCUCCCUACUCAAAUGAUGCUCAGAAGAAAAGCAUGUUUGUCAUUUCCUGUAAAUAAGAUCACCCAAUCACUGUAGUGCUGUUUAUAAGAUUUAAAACAAAUAUAUAUCAUGUAUCAUAAUUUAUUUCAUUGAACCUUACACCAAGAGAAUAAUCAUAAAUAUACUGUUGUUUUUUCAUAACUGAAU